AUGAUGGAAAAUUUCAUCAGAAUAAACGACACGCUAUUUGUCGACCUGAACAACUACCACGAGCAGGUAGACGAAACGGAAGACCUAAACAUUUUCGAAGCCAACUAUGUGGAAGGGGGCGCAAAUUACCAACACGACGAACAAACCAGGUGCAAAGUUGAAAUAAAACGGUAUGUGGACAUUUUUGUCGAGCUGGUAAAGGACAAGCAUGUCAGUUGUGACAUUUCUAAAAAGUUUAAGGACGGCAACUUAGACAUUGUUAGGCUCAUUCAAGCUAUUAACAAUUCCCGUGUGAAGGAGGAGGAAUUCCAUUUCACAAGGUUGAUGAUGAUUAUAUGCUUAAAGAAUUACAUUUUUCAUUACGUAAAUAGAUAUCUGAAGAGCAUCAUAAAGGACUACGAGAGGAGCAAGUACAAGAAGGAAGUAAAAAACUUCGACUGCUUGAUAUAUAGCAAAGGCAGUGGGGAGAUAUUCAAAGGCAGUGGGGAGGUAUGCAAAGGCAGUGGGGAGGUAUGCAAAGGCAGCGGGGAGGCAUGCAAAGACACGUGGAGUGGCGGCCACCAGGAAUGGGAAGACAAGACUCAUUCCCACAUCGCAGGUGCCAACUUUCUGUUCAUUAAAUUUUUAAGUGAAGAUAUUUCCAAAAAUUUUGAGUUGCUGGAAAAUGGCGAGAAUGCCUCCAAACAUAUUAGCGAAAAGGAAUGGGCAUAUUUGAAAGAAAAAAUUUUGCUCCUAAUUAGAAAUUCGUGUGUAAUUAACAGUAAUGAAAACAAGAAGUUUGCCACUUUGAUGGAGUUCAUUGACAAGAACAUGUAUAGAUCUUUCAAAAGGCACAAAAGCAUCGUAGAAAUGAAGAAGUUUAACAUAUGCUUAUAUUUCAUUGACAUAUUUUUUAACCUAUUUUUGAUAGACUACCCCUGCAAGUGGGGAAAUUUACUAGGUGACAUUUUCAGCACCUUUAAUUUUAUUUCUAUUUAUAGUAGAAACGACUUGGCGAAUGUGAUAAACGGUGACUACAACUCCACGUUGAGUUGUCUAACCGAUUUGAUGAUGUGCUGUGCUGCAGCUAGCCAAAUGGAGAACAUAAAAGAAGGGGGGGUUACCGGAGAAAACAACCCCCCCAGGGUGGUCAUACACUUUCAGAACUUCUACUCCCUCAUGUUUUUAAUGAACAAAAUGGUGAAGAAGUACAUCCCGAGGACGCAGAACAGCAAUUCGUAUUCUGUGUUGUAUCACAGCUACUUCAUCUCGCAUAUAAAUAGUAGCAAUAAGGACUUCCUAGAAACGGGAGAAUACAGCGCUUUAAAAAUACCAUGUGAAAAUUUGUUAGCAGGGUUUAAGGACAUAAUAAAGGUAUUCUUCCCCAUUUUUAACAGACUCUUAUGUAUCCUGUUGAAUUACGUGGAGAGUAUAUACGUCGUGUUUAUGGUGAAGAAGAUCGUGAAGUUUUUAUAUAAAACCUUGCUGUGCCAUUUUAGCAGUUUGCCAGAGGAGUUAAUGAAAAACGAACUUGACAUAUUAUUCACAAAUAUAGCGAACAUAUUAGACAUCAAUUUGGAUGCUUACGUGCAUAACUUGUAUUUUACCAACACAAGCGAGUCGUCUGCGAAGGGGUCCAUCUCGGUUGCCAAAAUAACUGAAGAAACGUCUUAUGAAAAUUUAAGCGAGCUUAUUCAUGUGAAAGAUCAUAAUGCAGAUAGGCUGUUCCUGAUCAUCCUGCUAAAGUCGAAAAAGUGGUGCUUGAAAAUUUUAAAUAUGUUUUUGUACAGGUCCAUUCACUUUGACGAAAUGAAUGAGACGUGGAAAUCGCUGCUAAAACGUUUCGAAAAUAUGUACAUACUAUUCCUCGAAAAAAUUGCCGUCCUCAUUUUGAAGGCUAUUAUCAAUACGAGUUACACGGAGGGGGAUAGAAUGCAUUACGACAAGCUGAUCUGCUACAUUAGAUAUGUCGUAGACUUUACAGACUACUUGAACUUCGCCGAUAAGUGCUUGUCCCUAUCGCUGAACUACCUGUGCAUGAUAGUCUCCUUCGACCAUUUGCAGGUGUUCGUGAAGCAGAACAUUUUGAGCGAGGCGUUCUUAGGCUGCCUCUUCGUGCACAUUGGCAGCAGUUCCCACGUGGAGUGCGUCGACAAUUUCUUCACGAACGGAUCCCCGCAAAAGGAAGAAAGCCUGCUAUUUGACAACCUCAAGUUUGAGCGGUACAUCAUUUGCUUCCACAAAAUCCCGCUGUACCGAAAGUAUCUGUCCGACUAUUACGACGACACGAAGUCGAAGAACGUGUUGAAGAAGUACGUCAAUUAUAUUAUUUUUCUUUUUUGCGAGUUGCUGGACAAGUAUUUUUACGACGUUAUAUUUUACUUAGACGCGAAUGUGAAGGAGCACCUCCGAACCUGUUUAGUCCUUCAGAACGAGUAUAUGCAUGUGCUUUACCCCGACAUGUUUGUGAAGAAGGAGAUGGACUUCUCCAACGACGUCGUGGAAAUUAGCUGCUACAAAAAGAGCAACCUUCUAAUAUACGCAGAGAUGUGCAUGCGAACAAAGAAUCAUAACAUUUACAUACGCAGUGUGAUCUCCUACAUUUCUGAGAUCAUUCAGAAGCACAUGAGGGAAAAUGGCAUAGACCACCAGGUGGACCUUUCGUCCUUUUACUUACUAAACAGCGACACUUUUAGCAGCUUAAUUUUCAUCAUCAAGAAUUUGCCCUUGUAUAAGUACUCACAGGAGGAACUCAUUUUCAAAGAUCUGUACAGCAUGCAGAAUGAGCACAAUUUGAACUUGAGCUGCCUGGUCAUGAACGACAUAAAUUUGUACAAGUACUUUUCGCUGUUUAUGUUUUUGGUGUACUACAAAUGGGUGUUCAUCACGAGGGUGCUGCGCGGUGUCAUAGACGAGGGGGUGUUGCUGGGCGGGCCGGGCGCGUUCGCCUCGUCUGCCACGUCUGCCGCCAAUGCCGCGAAUGGCGCAUCGCCCACGUGUCUCACUUCGUGCACUCCCAUGUCUCCUGUGACCCCCCCUUUUGGCGGCCCGCCCGCCGACCAGGACGACGGCCGCGCCAGCCGCGAAAGCGAAGACCUAACGGUGGACGACUACAUCGAGGAGUACUGCAAAAACAGGAAGAAGUACAAACCGCUCAUUAGUAGCGACGAAAAGGAAAUUGAAAAGUUUGACCACAUUGUGACGGACUUUAAAAUCAGAGACAAGUCCUUUUUUCUAAACUACAUGUUGGUGAACAUAUUUCACCCCUACUCGAAUAACCUGAAGAGGGUAAUAAUGUGGAUGUUGAAGGAAUACACGAGCAUGACCCGGUUCAGCGAAAACGUUUUGCAGUUCUUCUUUUACAUUUGCUUCGUAAAUCUGUUCUAUUUUGAGAAGCACUUAAAAUUCAAGUCCUUCGACACGCUGAUUAAUUUAAUGUACAAGUAUGGGAUUCCCAGGCAAGCUUUCUACAAUGACUUUAGAGAAGUUUUCACGUUUUUAUUUUUCCAUCUCUUAAUUUUGUUCAUAAAGAAUGAGUCCAGUUCGCCAGACAAUGACUUUUAUGAGGACAACGUGAGCAUCGUGCUCAGUCAGAAUUACGAGAAGAGGUACCUUCUGAGCUACCUUUUGAACUGCUUAAAGGGGGAGCAUAACCCCCUGCACGACUACUCACACGAGAGGGAAAAAAUGUGCCGAAGUUACCUCUACAACCAAGUGAACUGCUUCACCGACUUCUUCAUCAAUGAUGUGUUGUAUCAUAACUUUCAGUACUACAUAGAAAAAAUGGAGGUGAGAAAUUUGAACCAGUUUUUGAAUUUUAUAUCUUUAUUUUACCAAAACGAGAUUAACAACAACAUUUUUUUGUUUAUCAACUUGCUGAACGAGUCCUUGCUGGACACCACAUCUUCGCACAAGUGUGGCAGUUACAAGGAGCAUUCUUCCUUUUUGCGGGCCUUGAAAUUCUUUUCCUUUUUUCUGGAACAUUACAAAAACGCUAGCAGCACACAGGAUGUUCUGAUAAUUAAAAUACUACAGGGCGAGAAAUUUAUCGCCUAUUUUAAGCACAUAGUGAGGACGGUCAAGAAGAAUCAGGUGUGUGAGGAAAUACUAAACGAGAUAUACUACAUACUGCACAUCUUUACGAAGAAUUCUUUGUUCAAUUAUAAAAUAUUUUGGUUUUACUUCCUAUACUCUGUGGCGUGCAUUUCUAAGAGUUUGAACGUAUUUCAGCUGAGGGAGGUAACAAAAUUGGAGAAGGUAGCCAACAUCCCUGUGUAUCUGUUUCAAUUUUUCAGCAACGUGAUAAGGAGGGACGUUCUUUACUUCUUCUUCUCCCUGGCGGAGGAGAAUCCCUUCGGUGCAAGUAGUGUGAAUAUUUCUCUGUUGGAGAUUUUCCGAAAAAUUAGUUUGUUGCUCAUUCUCCUGUCGGAAGAGAAUUCAAGUGAACAGCAUUUUUGCAACAGUAGCACUCUGCACAUAUGUGGGUUGUAUCUGUAUAACAAUUUGCUGUCCUACCUGUUUACCUUGCUCUGUAGGAAUAAAAUAUUUUUCACCUACCUAUUUUGGGGCAAACUGCGAAGGGCGUACGACUUGCUUCAGGAGGAGGACGGCGCGCAGCUGAGCGACAUGGACGAUGCCGUUUCGAAUUAUUCGUUUGGGAAGUUUGACGAGCUGAGUGGCGCCGGCAGGGGCCGCAACGGUGGCAGCAACGGUGGUUGCAAUAGUGGCUGCAACAGUGGCGGGUUUGUCUUUCUGGACGAGGCCUUUUUGGAAGGCGCGGUCGGGACUAGCGGUGGAAUGGGCGUCGCUGUGGGCGACGGCAUGAGUGACGACCUGGACUACAGCGCGGACGACCCGGAUGCGGACGAAGGGGGGGGCAUGUACGUCGAGGUGGACGAGGUGGGCGAGGUGGGCGAAGUGGACCAGGUGAACGAGCUGAACGAGGAGGAUAAUGAAAAAGAGGCGCACACGAGUGAAGACGCGAUGCGAAGCUACUCGAAGGACCCGAAGAGCCUUUCGAGCGACCUCUCCUUUCAGAGGAGCGACCUGAACGACAGCGUGAAGGAGGCGGGGGCGAGUGGCGAAAGCUGGAGAGGGGAGGUCCUUUUCUACAAGGAGAUGAAAAACUACUUUCUGAACAAAAAGAAGAAGUUGAAAAGUGGGGGGCGGAAGAAUAGGGGGAAGAACAGGAAGAAGAAGAAUAAUAGUAUUAACACAAAUGAGAUGGUUAAUAUGAAUGAGAACAUUAACGCGAAUGAUAAUAUUAACACGAACGAGAUGGCGAGUAUGAAAAGGCAUAAACACCAGUGGAGCCACCCCGAGGGGGGGGGCAUCGCCAACGAGGCGCAUAGCAGUGGCUGCUCUCAGGGGAACGCCAACUGUGGGGAAAAUAAAAUGGCCAAGUUGCUAAACACGGUCUAUUUUAACAUAUUCCUUUUGAAGGACAAAAAGAGAGAACACAUCAAAAUGUUGCUGAAAACGCUGAAAGCUGUGAACCAGAAUUUGGUUCUCAACGGUUCGGAGAAUGAAUACCACAAUUACACCAUGUUGCUCAUGUUGCAGAAGAAGAGGUACAUUUAUCAGUCGCUCUCUCUCUACGUAUUUAUGGACGUACAAGACUUUUUCACCAUUUUGGUAAAUGAAAAUAUAUUGGGCUCCAUCAUCGAUGAGUGGCUAAAUGAUAUACUUUAUAUUUACCAAAAUUCGGACGACUUGAAGUACUUCAUUUUUGCCUUUUCCAACUUGCUGAUAUAUUUGUGUAUGUACGAGCAGAAGAAGAGGGAGUCGGGCGGUUGCGUCGCCGGGGGGGGGGAAGCGGAAGGAGAAGGGGAAGAAGAGAGCGGCUUUCCCUUCCUCAAAAGCGCCAGCACUACUAACAGCAGCAUGAACAACUUUGAUACCAUUUUGAGAGAAACCAAAUUGGAAUUUUUCAACCCAUAUGCCAUAGCCCAGCUGAGGGAGAGACUACCCCGAAUAGUCAACGCGGUGGUGAAUGUCUUUCUGAUUCUUCCUAUACCGUACGAGGAAAACGUGAAAAUGUUUAAGAAAAAUAUCCUUCGCAGAUUAGCCCCCAUCUGUGGUGAAGGAGACAACAUAGAAAAUAAUAAUUUGCUAAAAUUUAACAGUGAUAACAGAGCUACGGAUAAUUUGAGCGUGACUUUCAAGGAAAUCCAUUUUAACGAUUUGCUCCAAAAUAUUGAGUUCAUGCAUUUGAAUAAAUAUGAACAGAAGUUUUACGAGAGGAACCAGAACUCUUUGAAAUUUUCAUACGACAAUGUGGUUCAUGUUAACAAAUCGGAGGACCUAAUCCUUUACGAUAAAAAAAUAUCCAUCAAUUAUUAUUUCCAAAGUGGCUUGCAAGACGAUUUUGUGAAUAGACUCGUUUCCGAGUGCGCUGACGAGCAUUUUAAAGUAGCUCUCUACGCACGAAAGGCCUUUUCCCUGCUCAAUCAGGAGUUUUUUUCGAAUGAAGAUUUGAUUGGCAUUCUCGGCUGCUCCGAUAAGUAUUACAACUUUGUGAAUGUCAUUCGGCUGGACAUAUGA